AUGGGGAAGCAUUCAAAGACCAGAAAGUUCGCUCAGAAGAAGAUUCUUAUAUCCAAGAAGGACGCUCGUCUCAAAGAAAACCAGGCAAAAGGCCCAAAACCUCCUAAAGAUGAAGAACUCGUAAAAGAGGUUCCCCAAGUGUCAUCGGCGCUUUUCUUCCAAUAUAACGAGGCCAUAAAGCCUCCAUAUCAAGUGCUUAUCGAUACCAAUUUCAUCAACUUUUCGAUCCAAAAAAAGAUUGAUCUUGUGCGUGGGAUGAUGGAUUGUCUUUAUGCGAAAUGUAUUCCGAUCAUUACUGAUUGUGUGAUGGCCGAACUUGAGAAAUUGGGACCAAAAUUCAGAAUCGCUUUGAGAUUGGCUAAGGACGCAAGAAUUAAAAGAUUGAGCUGCUCACACAAAGGUACAUAUGCCGAUGACUGUUUGGUGAGCCGAGUUAUGCAGCACAAGUGUUAUAUCGUGGCUACUAAUGAUGCUGAUUUGAAGAGAAGAAUUAGAAAAGUGCCGGGGAUUCCAAUCAUGUAUGCUGGGAAAAAGAAAUACGAGAUUGAAAGAUUGCCUGAUGCUUUUUAA